AUCGCCAACCAUGUCUGAACUCAAGCUCAAGAAGCUCGUCGAGCACAACCAGCGGCUGAAGGAGCAGCUGGAUCUUCCGCGGAUUCCCGUGUCCGAGGCGAGCCAACAAUUGAUCAAAUACGUCAAGGAGACCAAGGACUUUCUGCUGCCCACCAUCUGGGGCCCUGUCGACAAGAAAGAUGAUCCGUACUCGGCACCCAACGGCGGCUGCGCCUGCUCGGUGAUGUGACCUUUCCCGGGAAGAAGACGCAAGCGAGGCCGGUGUUGCUGGAGGACGUGAUGGCUCCCGCCUGCUGCCCAGGACUGCUAUUUGCUCAGCAGGUGGGCUGCCACGGGUCCAAACAGGCGUUGGUCUCCUCUCAGUGGCGAUCAAACGUCUGGCCGGUUCUCGCUUUCUUGGACUGAUUCGCCAGGCUGGGAGCUGCCUCCAUCGAUUUGUGAGGCCCUCCUGCCAGAUUCGCGAUUUACAAGGUUCUUCUUCCC